AUGAGUAGUUCACAGAUUUCAUCGGGUGACCUCCGUCGCCCAGAUGAAAAAUCGCCCGACGAAUGCGAGCGAACAGGAGGCCGACACGUGGCAGUAACGGCCUCCUGUCCUCGCCUUCUCUCUCCGCCGGUUGAUGUAACCGAGGAGACGGCCGUAACCGAGGAGCUGAACGGUCGAACCACGGACGUCCGUGAUUCGCCAUCAGCUGGCGUCUUCCCGAGACCCGAAUCGGAGGGGACAGCAGUUGACGCCGUCCACUCUCCUUCCGGGAACGAGGCGACGGCAGGCGAAGAGGCCCCCUCUGAUCCAACCAUUGAUCGUAUGAUCAAUGGUCAGAAUCAGCCGGCUAUAAAGGCGUCAACAGCCGUUACCGAGGCACCGCCCUCGGACGGCCACGGCCAUAACGCCGAACCAGAUCCAACCGUUGAUCUUGAGAUCAACGGAGGGGAUCACGUGGCCAUAAAGGCGCCGCAACUUUUUGCGAUCGCCGAUGCCUCGGCUGGGACGCUGGUGACGUCAUCAACGUCAGACACCGUGGACGUAGCGCCACCUGAGGUCGCUUUAGCCCAGGUCAUGCCGGCCCAGCCCAGCGAGGCUGCGCUGGCUCAGGACGUACAGGCACAGGCCCAGGUGACCCAGGCCAAGCCUGAACAGCCGGCUCAGGCUGCACCGGUCCAAUCUCUUGCCCAGGCAAGGGGCAAGAGCCUGCGGCCCAAAAAGAAGAUAGGACGCCGACUUUUACGUCCCCCCUCGGCCACGUCCUCUAAGCCUACCUCGAGUCAACAAAUCGAACCAACUAGGAUCCCAACACUAGUUGAGACCCCUAUAUUGACCCCAAACGCAUCCAUUGGGCACACUAUUACACCUAGUGGGCUAGACUCUACUGUGCCCCAUAGGCCAAACCCGACUAUACCCACUAGACACCUAUCAUGGGCGCAACGAGUGUCUAACCCCUUUGUCCCCUCCACAGAGACUGUCACACCACAGGAACCGCUACGUCAUGUACUAUUCCCAAUCUAUGAUACCACUGUCCCAGUGCGAAGCUAUAGCGAUGAUGAUGGGAGGAGGACAAUAGCUUUUACUUAUGAGGAGGUCUCCCAGAUGGCAGCCGCAUUCCAAUAUACCUUAGUUGGUCGUUUCACUACGAAACGACCAACCAUAGGUGACAUAGAGAAGAUUUACAUGGCACCUGGAAAUUUUCAGGGCCGAGUCUCCAUCGGAGCUCGAGACUAUCGUAGCAUAUACAUCCGCUUUGAGCUAGAAGCGGAUUAUCGCCGAGCAUGGAGCCGACCCACUUGGAGAAUGGGAGAGUCUACCCUCCAUACCCACAGAUGGACACCACAAAAUGACAUAGGGCACCAAGCACAUCAGUCUCAUGUGGUUCCAUUAUGGGUGGGCUUCCCUGGCCUACCUGCUCAUUUAUUUACGCCAAAGGCACUUGAGUCUUUGGCAAAUGCGGUGGGAACAUUCAUAUGCCUUGAUCCAGGCGUAAAAAUGUUCAACCGACCCGGAUAUGCACGAGUUUGUAUAGAGGUGGACCUAAUGGCUCCCCUCCAGAGGACUCUCGUUAUACGUAGUGGAGAUGAUGAACUUUAUCAGCCCAUCAUUUAUGAGAGACUACCGUAUUUCUGCACACACUGUGCGAUCUUGGGCCACACUGUCAGCACAUGCCGUCAGAAGGCAUGUACACCACAGACGACUACACGAGCCUUUCUAGUACCGAUCUCAUAUGACGAUUACCUCGUCGAAAUGAGAAAGGAUGCUCAGAGUGCUCGUCAUCCUCAGAGGUCGAUUGCCCCUAUGGCGGCUCCACCUUCCUUACCUCGGAAGGCACAGGAGAAGCCUAGCUCACUGAUUGAGACACAGCAUACACGGCGAAAGCCGGCAGCUGGACGCCCUUCUUCCACCUACACAGGGGGGAAGAAAGGAACACGAGAGGCUACACCUUCCCCCUUGAGCAAGGGAAAGCAACCCCUAACCUCAAACACCUUCGAGGUCUUAGGGGCUUUAGAUGAGAGAGACGUUGAGGGACCUGCACAAAGGGGAACUAGGCCUUCCAAAGGGCUAGCAUCCUCCACUACGAGGGACUCACCUAGUCCAACCCCCCAUACUAGAUCCCCCCGGGUUAUCCGACCCCCCAUACUCACCCACCCCACUCCACCCAUUAGUGUCUCUCCACCACCCAACUCCUCCCCGCCCAUUCACUCGUCCCCACGUAGUAGGAGUCCUUCACCUCUUAGUCCCCACCGACCGAGGUCUACCCCUUUCUUUGAGGGUAUAGGCUUGGGCCCUAUCCAUCCCCCUCAAAUCCCUGUUGAUGAUCUAUUAGGAGGGUCUACCCCCAGCAUACUUCCUAUUAGUACAUCUUACGUAGCCCCCCAUUCUGAUUCUUAUACCCUCCCCCCCUCUCCCCUAUUACAACCGUCAGAUCAGUUUCCUAUACUUGAUCCACCACCCGUUGAUUCUAGGGAGAGCCCCGAUAGAGGACAGUGCUUAACGAAUCGUCAAGCACCACACCCAUCCUCCUCAUCUAGUGCUCAUGAUACUACGGGCCACACGACUAGUACCCAUGAGGAUGGUAGCUCUGAGACUGACAUUGAGACUACCUACCUAGAGGAGGGAUAUCAGACGGAGGUUAGGACCACACGACUCACUAGACGCUCACCUUACUCCACGAGAUCUAAAACUCGUGGGGCCACUCACUAGAUCAUGAUACCUAGCAUCAUAUGGAAUUGUCGAGGUAUAGGCAACCUCGAAACCCAAUUCUAUAUCGCUAGCCUUAUCAGACAGUAUCGACUAGGUAUAGUAGGCCUCAUUGAGCCUAUGAUAUCACCAGAUCGUAUCCAACCCUUACUUAGGAGGUUAGGUAUGGAUCAUUUUCACUCCAACCCCACGAAUCAUAUUUGGAUCUUUUGGACUAGACCAUACUCUAUGGAGUUGCUAGUCGAGGGACCCCAGCAUAUCACUAUGACGGCUCGAGAUCUCACCCAAGAGUUCACCUUCUCGGUCAUCUAUGCAUCACAUAGAUCCGAAGAAAGAGAAACUCUUUGGGCGGACCUAGUUCAAUACGUGAGGGAUUACCCUACACUAGUUGAGUCUCCUUGGUACCUAGCAGGUGACUUCAACUGUGUCCGUAAUACUAGUGAACGUCAAGGUGGGCGAAUCCCUAGGGCCCGUAAUAUGGAGAUGUUCAAUGAUUGUAUUUUUCGAUUAGCUCUCAUUGAGCCACCUACAUCAGGCGAGGCAUGGACGUGGAGCAACAAUCGAGGGGACGCUUUGAUUUAUGAGCGUAUCGAUCGUUGUUUCAUCAACAGCAUCGCCAUGAUGCGACAUCCCAUAUUAGUCACGAUAUUACCCCGUUAUAGGUCAGAUCACACCCCGAUCCUCAUACUCCCUAAACAGAGUAUGAGCACCCACAGACCCCCCUUCAGAUUUCAAACCAUGUGGCUCCAACAUGAAAACUUUCAGAGUUUCGUACGGAAUCACUGGUACGGACAGAUCUCAGAUUCUCCUAUGGAGAACCUUAGCUAUAGGUUAAGGAAUCUCAAACUCCACCUUAAAUGGUGGAACCGACAUAUCUACGGGAAUGUCCAUACCCAAGUUGAUGCAUUGCAAAAAGAGUUAGCAGAAGUUGAAAGACUACUGCAAGCUAGAUAUUCAGAUGCUGCUUGGGAAAGGAGGAGUAGAGUGAGUGACCAGCUUGAUGAGGUUGUGCGACGACAGGAGUUAUUCUAUCUCCAGAAAUCACGCAUCAAGUGGUUACAAGAGGGUGAUAGAAACACUCGUUUCUUUCAUGCCUCGGUCGCUCAUCGCUCACGUUCAGAUUAUACCUCUCUUUUAGAGACAUAUGAUCAUAACCUUUCCCGCAUGCAGGAGGCAGGGGUUGAGUACUUUCGUACUCUCUUAACCUCUCAGUCGAUUGAGAUUUCUGAUGAUAUGCUCACUUCGAUCCCGUCAUUGGUCACUCACCGUGAGAAUUCUCUCAUAACAGCCAUACCCACGGGAGAAGAGAUCAAGGAAGUAGUUUUUUCUAUGAGUAGACAUCGUGCACCCGGGCCAGAUGGUUUCCCAGUUGAUUUUUACAUUUCAUGUUGGGAUAUUGUUGGCACUGAUCUCAUCUAGGCCAUCAAGGAAAUCUUUCGUCGUAAACUCUUUACACGAAGUUGGAAGGCCACCUUCCUUGCACUUAUACCGAAGGUGACUACCCCAACCUCAUUUAGAGACUUUCGACCUAUCAGUUUGUGUAACGUGUGUUAUAAAGUUGUAUCUAAGAUCGUUACACGUAGAUUGAGUAGUUUCCUUGAUAGACUUAUAUCUCCAGAACAAUGCGGAUUUGUCAAGGGACGGUACAUUCACGAUAACAUCAUGCUAGUACAUGAACUAGCACAGUCCCUUGGCCAUGAUUGUCGAGGCUCUAACAUCAUCAUCAAAUUAGACAUGGAGAAGGCCUUUGAUAGGAUAGAGUGGAGUUUCCUCAUUAAGGUUCUUAGACGCUUUGGGUUCACCGAUGACUUCAUUGACUUAGUCGAUGCAUGUGUUAGGGAGAAUCACUUCUCUUUAUUAGUGAACGGUAGCUCCACACCAUUCUUCACGGCCACGAGAGGUCUACGACAGGGCGAUCCACUAUCACCCACCCUCUUCAUCUUAGUUGAAGAAGUCCUCAGUCGAUCCCUCACCCGAGCGAUCAAUCAAGGACUUAUCCGACCAUACUACUCGAAGAGGGGUUGCCCGAUCAUCUCACACUCCCUCUUUGCUGAUGAUGCGAUACUCUUCCUCAAUGGAUGUGAGACAUCCAUUAGAGGGCUCAUGAGUAUUAUCUCGAGGUAUGAGCGAGCUACAGGUCAACUCGUAAAUGCCUCGAAGAGUAGCUUCAUAGUAGGCCCUUCUACCCCCAUAGGGACCAUACGACGUAUCCAGGGCCUAACAGGGUUCUCUCGUGGACACUUACCUUUUGACUAUCUAGGAUGUCCUAUCUUCCUCGGCCGUAGGCGCAUACACUAUUUUGACGCCCUAGUGGGCAAGUUGAGGAAGAAACUAGCAGGAUGGAAGUUACAACUUCUAUCCCCUAGAGGACGGAUCCAGUUGAUACGUCAUGUCCUCAUGAGUAUGCCAUUACACCUUUUGGCAGUCCAUGAGGUACCAGACACCGUCUUACAGACUAUUAGACGGAUAUGUACGUCCUUCCUUUGGGAUGGACAACUUGAGGGACCUCGUCGUCAACGCCGAGUUUCUUGGGAGAAAGCAUGUCGACCUACGGAUGAGGGUGGCCUAGGUAUUAGGCGCCCUCAAGAUGUACUUAACAUGCUUCAAAAGAAACUCGUUUGGAGGAUGAGGACCACACCAUCGGUGCUAGGUACUUUUGUGACAGCCAAAUAUGGUGAGUGGGCUCGACAGCCGGCCGACAUCAAAGGAGUCAAACGAUGGGCAGACUGGCAGCGACAUUGGUUAGAGAUGAUGCCUCUUAUUCGUUGGCGAGUGGGGAGAGGCGAGAUCAGUGCCUGGUACGACACUUGGCUAGAUGACAUACCAUUGGCCUGUUUUACCACUUUCACAUCUUCUUGGCCUCGCUUGACGGUAGCCCAGCUUCUCCAAGGAGACACUCGUCUACUUAUUGAGAGGCAUGGACUACCGUCGGACUUGUUACCAGCCAUCACCAUGACUGAGAUGAGUUUUAUUGAGGACCAACCCAUCUGGACACUUACCAUAGAUGGUAGUUUCUCUUGUAGCUCCUCUUGGGAGCACUUUAGAAACCGCUCCCCAAAGACAUUUUGGGGAAAUCUCAUAUGGCAUCCGGCCAUCACACCUCGUGUUUCGUUCUUCUUGUGGAAGUUCAUGCACCGAGGACUACCCACCGACGAUCGAGUGAUUGUCACCGAUCAGGAGGUGGAAAGGAAAUGUCAUUGUUGCUCCAUCACGACAGACGAAAGUAUGGAACAUUUAUUUUUCCAUAGUGAUAUCGCUGUCGAGUGUUGGCGUCAACUUCUAGCGAAUUGGCUUCCAAUGCUCUCGUACAGACCUACGAGACCACCACUAGAGGUCUUUAGGAGAGUCUUUGACUCACCGACGAGUGUCAAUGUUUGUCCUUUCAUCCGUAUCUCCAUAGCAUAUAUGUUAUGGGAAAUAUGGAAGGGACGUAACUCAUCUCGAUUUGCAGGCCAAGUGAUGCGUGCCACAGAGAUUAUGAGGCACGUGACACAAUGGCUUCGGAGUACUCAUUCCUUAGUGCCAAACAAAACGAAACGCUCGCGUUCUGUUUGUGAGGCUUUUGGGCUUUGGGGACUCCAUAUCAUACCUACACAGACCUGGACUAUUAUCCGAUCUGUUAGAUGGACACCACCGAGGGCUGGACGGUGGAAACUCAACGUCGACGGAGCAUCUCAAGGCAACCCAGGACCGUCUGGAGGAGGAGGUAUCUUACGCGAUAGUACAGGAUGCAUUCUCUUUGCCUUUUCGAACUUUUAUAAUAUACAAACUAAUACUGUGGCAGAGGCUAUGGCAAUACGGGAUGGUUUGUUUCUUUGUGAGGAGCAAAAUAUUACUAACAUUGUCUUAGAAUCUGAUUUCAAAGUGUUAGUGGACAUGUUACGUGCAGACUCUUGUCCUCAUUGGAGGCUCAAGAAUAUCUGGGCAGACAUCAUGCGAUGUCGAGGACGCAUCACAACUAUUACGCAUCAAUUCCGAGAAGGGAAUCAGACAGCUGACGCCCUUGCUGCGCAUGGAGUCAGAUCGCGUCGGAGGACAGUCUUCUCUUUUUGGCAGGACAUGCCCCUAGAAGCCCGAGGUGCUCAUAGACUUGAGCGACUCGGCAUACCCUCUUUACGCAUACACCGCACUCCACUACCGGCCUCUCCACGACAGUGGCGUAUUGCUUGGAGGAGAUCAGGGGUGGUUACUAUUGGCCGCUGAAGACCACAAUGGAGAUACAGCACAACACGGACAACAAGGCACAUCGUAAUCCACUCGGGUACAUUACUUCCAAUCAUUACUCUCCUCAUAAUCACAUCACAUCUACUAUCUAUCAUGCUCAAGUAGUGAGGACAUAGAACUAUCAGCAUAUGUUGGCAUCGGCCCACUUUUGAACUAUAGGUCUAUAGCACAUCAGACCUGCUAACUAGUUGUGAAUCGGCAACCUAGCACCUCUCUCAAGAUCUUAUUAGUAUCAUCAGCCAGCUUGAACCCAUGAGAAGGUAAAGAUCUAUAUCCAUAGGAUUGACCCUCUCUCCUCUCUCUCUCUCUCGAUUCUCUAUUUCUUUCUCCCUCCCUUUCUCUCUCUAGGAAAAAAAAAAAAAAAAAAAAAAAAAGACAGCCUACUUCUUUUCCCGGAAUCACUAGCCCAUCAUAGACAAUUAGUGGAGGGUGAGGGAAAGGGCCCUAAAACCAAAAAAAAAAAAAAAAAAAAAAGGGCAACCUUUUUCCCUUCCCUUAAUCACUAGCCUAAUGUACACCAAAUAAUGGGCAUUAGUGGAGGGUAAAAGAAGAGGCCCUCAAGGAGAGAGAAAGAAGAGAGAGAGAAUAAGAGAAAAGAAAAGAGUUAGAACCAGAGACCAAGUCAUUCCUCGUGGGGUGAAAGGUCCUUUACCUACUUAGAGGAAGUACGGCAACUGAUGAUACUAACAAGAUCUUGGCCAGAGGGAUUAGGCGCGUGCAACACUAGCAAGGCAAGUUCAUAUUUGGGCUUAUUGUCAUGCUUCAGCAUAGUUCUAUCCUCCUCACUGCCCUAAUCACUCUUUUCUCACCACUUUAUAUCAAUGUAUUUAUCUCUUAGAACCACUUACUGCAGCAAACUCUUGUCUUGCAGGAACAUUGCAUGGCGCACAACAUGGAGCUCUCGUCCUACUCCUGUUGAGCAGAUCUUCCAACUUUCAUAAACUCAAAGGCUUUUUCAACCCACUGCAAAUCAAUCACCUUCCUCAAAUAUGAUGAACGUCAUGGAGUCAAAAAAAAAAAAAAAAAAAAAAAAAAAAAAAAAACCCUAAACCCUAAACCCUAAACCCUAAACCCUAAACCCUAAACCCUAAACCCUAAACCCUAAACCCUAAACCCUAAACCCUAAACCCUAAACCCUAAACCCUAAACCCUAAACCCUAAACCCUAAACCCUAAACCCUAAACCCCUAAACCCUAAACCCUAAACCCUAAACCCUAAACCCUAAACCCUAAACCCUAAACCUGAAGUUGAGCGUGCUCGGGUGGGAGCAGUCUCUAGAUUGGUGACCUCUCUAGGAAGUCCCCGAUUAUGUGUGCAUGCGUUGUGAGGCGCUUGCUUUGCAUGUGCUGAAAGGCACUGAUGUAUGAUUGUGCUGCCCAGCACGUGUUAUGAACCCCUCUGUCACCAUGUCAAGAUGUCUUGAGCAUCGAAGCAUGUGCCGAGAGGCACCCUUGCCAUUAUGCCAAAAGGUAUAUGUGGCAUCUAUCUCACCAUGCCAAAAUGCUUCCAGCUUUGAAGAAUGUGCUGAGAGGCCAUCUUGCAACCAUGCCGAGAGGCAUAUGUGGUAUUCAUCUCACUAUGCCGAGAGUCAUAUGUAGUAUUCAUCUUACUAUGCCGAGAGGCAUAUAUAUGGCAUUCAUCUCACCAUGCCAAGAUGCCCCUAGCUCCAAAGAACGUGCUGAGAGUCACCCCUGCCACGAUGUCGAGAGGCACAAGUGGCAUCUAUCUCCAAAGAAUGUGCCUGAGAGGCACCAAAGUGAUUAGGCGUGUGAAGUAUCAGGAUGGGUGACCUCUUGAGAAGUUCAGCCCAAGACAAUUAUCGAAAAAAAAAAAAAAAACCCUAAACCAGUCACAUUUGCUCAACUUUUUUCUCUCUCCUCGCGAGAGCUUCUCUCUCAUCAACGUCACAUUCAAACAGCGAGAUCUCUCCCAUCUGACCUCAGAUCCCGCUGAAACUUGUUUCAUUCGAUUCGCAAGGUCGGAAAGCAUCAUCGUCGAGCCGUCACACGUGGAAAAUGGUUGACUGAUGCUCUCGGUCUCGCGAUUUCUCCCUCGAGAGGUAUUUUUCAGAACGUUAUAUUCUCGGGGUAAUAUCUACUGAUUUACUUGGCUGAAAUAUUAUAUCCUUAUAUCAGUAGAAUCGUAUUUUCUUGAUUUACAGCUUUUCCUUCUUGAUCAUUUUAUUUUGAUGCUUCGUUGAUGAGUAAAUCAUCGUUUUCAUCGGCGGACCAAUGUUCGGCCGAUGAGAAACUGAGGGAAGAAGCAUGCUUUGGGCCUGGCAAUGGUCCGAAAAUCAGAACCGUCGAUCGCCUGAACGGUCGAAUGACGGACAGUCAGGAUUUUCCGUCGGCUGGAGAUCCCCCGGUCCCAGAGAUCGCGUCGAUGCCAGCCGGCGCUGCUAUUUCAACUGUUGAUCUACAGAUCACCGGACUAGAUUCACUAGAGGAAAAGGUGCCGCAAGCGGCUGACGCCGUUUCCUCGGUUACGGUGUCCGUGCUUGCGUCAGCGAGAGCUGACACGGAGGGCACCAACGGGAGCUUAAAUCCGUCCGUUGAAAUUGAAAUCAACGGAACGGAUUCGAUGCCGCAACUUUUUGCGGGCGUCGUUCUCUCGUGUGCGACGCCCAUGACGUCAUCUACGUAA